AUGGAUACAUUAAAAGAUCAAUUUGUAGUUCCAGGUGAUGUUAUUGGUAAAAUUGGAGAUUUAAAAGUUAGAAUAGGACCAGGUCUUUUACAAACCAAAGAUACAGUAUUAGCAACCAAAGCAGGUGUUUUAAGAUAUAGUAAAUUUCAUAGAUUUUAUUGGAUAGAAAAUGAACAAAAAAGGUAUGUACCACAAGUUGAAGAUAUGGUUAUAGGAACAAUUAUUGAAAAACAUGCAGAAUCGUUUAAAGUUGAUAUAGGGUCAAGUUGUAGUGCGUUAUUAUCAGCAUAUUCAUUUGAAGGUGCUACAAAAAGUAAUAAACCUUUAUUAAAUGUUGGUAAUUUAAUUUAUUGCCGUGUUACAGUUGCAAAUAGAGAUAUGGAACCAGAGGUUGUUUGUUUAUCACAAAAACAAAAAGCAGAAGGUUUCGGUCAAUUAAUUGGUGGUUAUAUGUUAAAUUGUUCAUUAGGUUUAUCACAUUAUUUAUUAUCAGAAGAUUGUUUUUUAUUACAAAUUUUAGGAAAACAUAUACCUUAUGAAAUUGCAGUUGGUGUUAAUGGUAGAGUUUGGAUAAAUAGUGGUAGUAAUCAUAAUACAAUUGUAGUUAGUAAUACAAUUUAUAAUUCUCAAUAUAUUCAAGAUGACCAAAUUGAACCUUUUAUUUUGAAAUCACUUUCAAUAAAUGAAACAUCUGGAUUGGUUGAACAAAAUUAA